UCGAUUUAAAAAAGUUUUGUUUUAUUGAAGUUAAGUGAGAAGUGCUGAUAAAGAAAGACUUUUGGAGAGAAUGGUUUAUUGUAUGAACUUGCCUUUUGAUGACCGAAGUCAUGAGAGAUGGACUUAACUGGAUGGGACGCUAAUUUAAAAAAGAUGUUUCAUGGAGUAUAGUUCCAGACUUGAAACCGUAUCUGAGCAACUAACUUCUAGCUCGUUAUAAGGGCCUGCUGAUGUCCAUUGAAGCCACAUAAUAUGGAAGUGGCAGAUAAAGCCGUCAGUACUGAAGAUUUGUGUUCCAAAUUUGUCGAAAAUACCACCUAUUUGGAAGCUACACGGCUCGAAGCUCUCCUUAAGACCCUCGUUCAAAAUAAGGUCAAUGCCAUAAAGAACGACAGAAAAUGCUCGAGUCUUUACUCAAGUCCAAAAUCUGUAAUCAACCGUUGGCGUUUAACCUCGUCAUCCACCGUUUCAUCAAAAGAUAAAGAGGCCGUUUCACUAGGCGAACACGAUCAUCAUUCGCCACAUCAUAAGAGAAGAAAAAUAUGUUACAGCAGUGACGACAGUGAUUCAAAAGAUUACAAACGGUCCAAAAGAAAACAUUAUUCUAAUCGCCAUGAGAGGUCAGAAUGUUCGUGCCAAAAGGAAUGCGAUCCUUGUAAAAAUAGUUCGGACAUUCCCGAAACUUUCCAGUUCCUACCGUCUGAGGAGAAUUGCGGCUCAGAAGUUUCCUAUCCGCCAGCCUACAGCCAGGAGGUUUGGUGUUGUCAGAAUGACAAAAACGGAGACAUAAAGCCUAAUUAUACCGAAGAGUAUAUCUCCUUAAAAAUAGAAGACUGUGAAGAUGAAGAAACGAAAGCGACAAUCGAUCGUCAACGGUUAAAGAAGAAGCGGAAAAGGCGUAAAAAAAGGCACAGGAUGCGUCAGAGACAGGACCGUCUUCGAAAGAUCGCCGUCCCUAUUAACGAUGACUUGAAAGACCUGGAAUCGGACGAGGAACUCCCGCCGCGGGCUCGAUGGACCAUCGUCGUGACCGCUUGUUUACUCCUUUUCAUGUGCCUACUGCUUGUUGGGGUCACAUUAAGGAUGGCACCCAUCAUCGACGACAUGGGUAAGUUUUCCUAA